AUGGUGACUGGCCUUGGGUUUUCAUCUGGCGGAGUACAAGGUGGUACACUGGAUACUCAGUUGAAACCUAAUCCUUGCAGUGAAUGCGUAAUGGAUGAUACGAUGAAGAAGAUAUCAAUUCUGACGGGAAAGGAAACUUUCCAAUCUUUAAAACCACUUGAUUUGUCUGUGUGUGAUAAACAACAAAUACUGGCAUAUUUCAACAAUUCUUAUGAUUUGUAUGAGUCACUGUUUACAUCAUUAAAAGAUGAGAAGGUGUUUUAUCUGUGUCCGGACAGACUACGUCUACCACUAGUAUUCUAUUUUGCUCAUACAGCUGUGGUAUAUGUUAAUAAACUGGUACUGGCAGGGCUAUUGAAGACGAGAGUUAAUCUGGAAUUUGAAACCAUGUUUGAAACUGGAGUUGAUGAAAUGUCUUGGGAUGAUACUGAGAACUAUCGUAUGGGAGGAAGUUAUAAAUGGCCAACUAUAGAAUCAGUUGUUGAUUAUCGUCGACAAGUAAGGAACAUCAUCACCAAUAUAAUAGAGAAGACACCUCUAGAGCUUCCUAUUAAUAUGGAAAGCCCUUGGUGGGCUUUGGUGAUGGGAAUGGAACAUGAGAGAAUUCACCUAGAAACUUCAGCAGUUCUAAUUCGUCAACUUCCGGUCGAUAUGGUUACCAAACCAUCUGCUUGGAUGUAUGCUCCAGUGAAACAUGAUAAAGGGGUUAAUGGUAACACCAAUAUGCAUUAUAUUAAUGCUACUGACGUGACGAUGGGUAAACCUGAAGAUUUUCCUUCUUACGGCUGGGAUAAUGAAUAUGGUCAAGUUACUUGCCAUGUCCCUGCUUUUGAAGCUUCUAAAUUCAUGAUAACCAAUGGUGAAUAUUUGGAGUUUGUUAAAGAUGGAGGUUACAAUAGAAAGGGAUUGUGGAGUCAAAAAGGGUGGCAAUGGAAAGAGUUUAGACAACUGGUACACCCUGUUUUCUGGGUUUGUACUAAAGGAUGUAAUAAUGGAUGUGGAUCAAACCUCUCGACUAUUUCUCAUUGUGAAGCUGUUGAUAAUAACAAUGGUUAUGUUAUUGAUGAUGAACUUGGUUCUCCUUCAUUUAGAUAUCGAGUGAUGUUUGAUAACAUAGAAUUGCCACUAGAUUGGCCUGUGGAAGUGACCUACCAUGAAGCUAAAGCAUUCUGUGCCUGGAAAGGAAGUGGCUAUAGACUUCCUGCGGAAGCUGAGCAACACGUGAUGAGAGGCCCUCAGAAAUCACCAGCUGUGGGCACGGAGUGUGACAUGAUACACCAGGACACAAUAUCAGCUAAUUUAAAUUUACAGUAUGGAUCAUCCACGCCUGUUAACUUGUACAAACCAAACACAGUAGGAUUGUACGAUAUAAUGGGUAAUGUCUGGGAAUGGAAUGAAGAUCAUUUUAAUGGUUUCGAGAAUUUUAAAAGUCAUCACUUCUAUGACGAUUUCUCAACACCUACUUUUGAUGGCAAACAUCAUUUAAUUUUGGGAGGGUCGUGGAUCUCCACUGGUAAUGAGGCUUCUAGAUUUGCCAGAUAUGCAUUCCGUCCACACUUUGUUCAGUUCGCUGGAUUCCGUACCGUAAGAAAUCUGGACGAGAAUAAGAUUGAGCUACCAAUAAGAAUUGUUACAACUGAUGUAUUUGUUCUUGGAGAGGGGGUUACAGGCAAUUCCAUUGGCUUGGAUGAAACCAAAACUGGAUUUAAGAAAGUAGACUCUACCAAUUACCAGUAUACUAUUGAUACAGAUGCGGCGUUGUAUGGAAUCUUACAAUUGGAGUUUGGAAUUCGGGAAGGAUAUCCUGAGAUGCUAUCGGAGUAUUGUCUUAUUAUGGGCAAUAAAUAUAACUCAGGAAAAGGCAACUGUGCUGUUUUUGGCUCAGGUGCCGGAAAAAUUGUUUUUAUAUUGAAGAAAUAUUAUGACACCGUUUUGGGUGUAGAUGCAUUCGCUCGGUAUAUCCAGGCGGCAACCACAUUACAAGAAACCCGUCGUCUUUCAAUAACUUCACCUACUGGAGAUGAAAAGGAGUUUCUAUUGGACCAAGAAUUACAAACUGAUAAUGUUUGCUUUAAGCAGCUGACAUGGAUUGCCAAUGAAAUUGUUGCUCAUGAUUUGAUUUUAAUGACUAAUCUACAUAGACUACAAAAUCCGAAAGCCUGGCUGCUAAGACUGUGGGAAAUUGUUAAAAUGACUGGUAUCGUUGUGAUAUUUUCUAUGGAUAAUCAAUGGAAAGAGAAUGACUUGCUUCCUAUUCUGUCACCCAAUCUUUCCUGUAUUGAGAGUGAAGUUUUGGAAUAUCAAACUUUAUCAGGAAUUCAAAGAUCUACCGUGACAGUCUGGAAACAUCAUUGGUGCCAUCAUCAUCAUACCAUUAGCAGAUAAAUGACCAGAUGAUGACCGAAUUGAGCGUUUUAGUCCGAUUUUUUAUUUUAUUUUGCUUAUUUAGCAAAUUAACUAUUUGAGGUCAUGGGAUUACUUGAAUAUAACCAAUGAAAGUAAAAUUAUUAUUUUUUAUAUUUUCCGUAUCUUCAAUAUUUGAAGGUUUAAUAACUUUUUUUCAUUUCAAAGGUUUUUAGUGCUAUUGUCUAUUUAAAUAUUUAAAUUUUGCAAUUUAAGAUAUGUAAUAAACCUGUAAGCAAGUCGAGAUAUCUGCUAAGUCUGCUAAGCUGCUAGACUCUUGACUUUACUUGACUUCAGUUUACUACUACUGCUUCAUGCAGUUUUCCAAUAUAAAGUAGAAAUUAAUGAGAUGAAAUACUUUAAACUUUAGGCUGAAAUAAAGAAAGGCAAACAUUGUGUUUUGGGAAAUUUGUUUUCGAAAAAUAAGUCAUUCAUAUAUUGAUUUUCGGUAACAACAAGUGGUGUACUAUUUAUCACAAUGACUUCUUGUCCAUCAUCAAUCUGCCCUUCCACCUCAGCAGUCAAUCAAACAACAAAAAUGACGGCAGAUUCCAUAGGUCAACAGUGAUCCAUAGGUCAACAGUGCUCCAAAGGUCAACAGUGCUCCAAAGGUCAACAGUGACUGUUGAUGGCAGCAGCUUACAAGUCUAAUAUGUAGACAACAUAAUUAUUUAAUUUGCUCGUGCUGAAUUUUCAAAUUUUGUUUCUGUAAUAAUUUUCAAAAUUGUUAGUGGUAUUUUGUUUAUUUAGAGAUUUUAUAUUUUUAAUUUUUAAGAUAUGUUAAUGCUAAUAAAAUAACACGUAGCU